AUUUAGAGUCAGGGUUACAGGAUUAAAAAAACCCUUGAGUGACACUAAAAUAGCUGCAGUAUGAACGUAGUUAAACUUUUGAAAGUCCAGAUUUGGUUUCAUUUUCUUUAUGACCACUUGACAUGAAGCCAGCCUGUUCUUUUUGUUCGUCAACAUUGGACAGCCCACACUGCACAGAGGAAGCUCAGGCGCAUCAAAUCAGAGCGAUCAUUUCUUUUCCAUCCCAGCAACCUUAUCUUGUGCCAUUCAUCAGAGUGUUUCAUUUUCUCAUCCUGGCUUUUAAAGAAGCAACAACAUUUCCAGGAGCAUCAUAGAAGCAGAUGGACUUUAACAGUGGUGAUUUUUAAUUUCAGUUAAAUUUCAGCUUUGCAGGAGAAGAGAAAACAUUUCAACAAGGGCUCCUGUUUGCUGUGCUGUCUCCCGCUGCCAACAUGGAUGAAGGAACACCCCUGCUGAAUGGAAGACCAUCUGAACCAAAGAUCAGUAACUCCAAACUGUUCCUGGCUGUCUUUGCGGCCGUCUUGGGGAACUUCAACUUCGGUUACUCCCUGGUCUUCUCGUCCCCGGUCCUGCCUAAGCUGAAGAGCCCUGAUGCAGACCCUCGGCUCAGGAUGGACACAGACCAGGCCGCCUUGUUUGGUUCCAUCUACUCACUGGGUGCAGCUGCUGGGGGGCUGGGGGCCAUGCUGCUUAACGACUUGAUUGGACGAAAGCUGAGCAUCAUGGUGUCAGCGGUGCCAUCGACUAUUGGGUACAUGCUGAUGGCUGGGGCUGAGAACUUAUGGAUGCUCCAACUGGGACGUUUCCUCACUGGUGUUGCUGGGGGGGUGACUGCAGCAUCCAUUCCAGUUUACAUCUCAGAAAUCUCCCACAAGAAAGUGAGAGGAGCUCUGGGCUCCUGCCCACAGAUCACUGCCGUGUUUGGGGCCCUGGCGCUCUACGCCUUGAGUCUGAAGGUGCCCUGGCGAUGGCUGGCUGUGGCUGGGGAGAUACCGGCUCUGUUGAUGGUUGUUCUGCUGGUGUUUAUGCCAUAUUCCCCCAGGAGGCUGCUCUCCCUGGGUAGAGAUCAGCAAGCUGAGAGGGCCCUCCGCUGGCUGAGGGGGAAACACUACGACACUCUCUCUGAGCUCAGUGCCAUUAAGUACAGCAUCAACACACAGGGGAGAGCCUCAUGGUCUGAUUUAGCCACACCCCUCUACUACCGACCAAUCCUCAUUUCAGUAGUGAUGCGUUUCCUGCAGCAGAUGACAGGCAUCACACCGAUCCUGGUCUACCUGGAGCUCAUCUUUUCCCACAGCAAAGUCGCCCUGGAGGCAAAGUAUGAUGCCGCCAUCGUGGGUGCAGUUCGUCUCCUUUCUGUUAUAGUGGCAGCCAGUUUGAUGGAUAAGGCGGGCCGAAAAGCCCUUCUGUACACGUCCAGUAUGCUGAUGUUCCUGUCCACCCUGACCUUGACCAUGAUCUCCCACAAUGCAGACUGUGCUCGAGGCCUAAUCCCUCCAAACGUCACUGUGAGUUUGGACUACAGCUCCCAUAAUGCUGUCGGAGACGCUGCUACAGGCCUUCUGCCUCUUAUCAGCACCAUGGUGUUUAUAUUUGGAUAUGCCAUGGGAUGGGGCCCGAUCACAUGGUUGCUGAUGUCAGAGGUGUUGCCUCUGGCAGCCCGGGGCGUGGCGUCAGGUCUGUGUGUCACUGUCAGCUGGUUGACGGCCUUCAUGAUCACCCACGCAUUCACAUACCUGGAAGACAAUUACGGCCUGUAUGUGCCCUACCUGCUUUUCAUGGUGGUGUGUGUUCUCUGUCUGCUUUUCAAUGCCGUGUGCAUACCAGAGACUCGAGGUCGCUCGCUGGAGGAAAUCGAGGAGUAUUUCAGGACGGGGCGAUCAUUCACCAUCAACAGGAGUCACUCAAAAGUAGAGUACAGCUAAAAUCUCAAGAUAUCUUUGCACAAAAAGCAGAAUUUUUGCACUUCGUUUAGCUAAAACAGGGUGAUUUUGGAACUUUAUACUAACUAGAAUGGUCUUAGGGAAAUAGGUCACUUUACUACAUCUAUACAUGCAAUAAUCAUGUCAUAAAAAAAUAAAACUUGAUAUACACUAUAUGAACAGAGGUAUUUAGACGCCUGACUAUUUCACCAAUAGGACCUCACUGUUACCUCUGAAUUGAAGGCCAGAUUAUCUGCUCAAAAGCAAGACCAAGCUGAGGCAACGCUGGGCCAGGAUCCCAGGCCUCUUGGUCCCAGGCCUUCAAUUUGUUGCACCAACUGAUGAGGAGACAAGCCCAGAUUUUACCUGUACGUCCUAUCUUAGAAAGAAAGAAAGGAGUACACUCUACUGUAUUUACUUGAGCACAAAUUAACACCUUCUAACUGACAUUUUUACCCCAGAACACAGACUAAAGUGACAGCUGACAGUUAACUUUCUAAUGCUUUAGCACUCCUGUAUGCUCUAAUGAUGAGGAAUUUUACUCCAUUCUUCUUUGCAAAACUGCUCAAGCUCUGUAAGGUUGUACGGGAUCAGGGGGGAACAGCCCUUUUCGAGUCAAUUCUCUAUUAGAUUGAGGGCUUGGCUUUGACUCAACCACUCCAAACAUUCACCUUGUUGUCUUUAAACCAUUUCUGUGUAGCUUUCUCUGUAUGCAGUCACUUAUUUUACCUUACAUGUUUGUUUAAUUGACAUUACUUUUUAGAAAUUUGUUUUCACUUUGACAUUUAAGAGGUUUUUUUUUAUCAUGUUUUGUCAAAAAAGCUAAAUUAUAUGGACAAUGAUUUCUUUAUAAAAUCAAUAAAAAGGGGCAAAUAUUUUCAUAGGCACUAUAUCUCAA